GUUCACUGACAGCCUGGUUCGCUGUCACCAUCACGCCUCGACACAUCUAACGUUGGCGAACGUCUUAAUGCGAUGAACCGGCAAUGCAUUGAUCAUGGCUAACCUUCGGAUUUCGUUGGCCGUCGUCGUUGUCCAGGUCGUCCUGUACCGAAGCGGCGAGGCUCUGCGGUGUAACUGCACCACCGCCCAGUGUGAGAGGAAUGGUUUCCAGUGUGAGACCGAUGGAGCCUGCAUGGCCUCCACCUCCUUUAUUGAUGGCCUAGAGCAGCACAUCCGUAUCUGCAUCACACGGGACAAACUUGUGCCCCCUGGACAGCCAUUCUACUGCCUCAGUGCAGAGGGCUUGCUCAACAUCCACUGCUGCUACACUGACUACUGCAACAGCAUUGACCUCAAAGUACCCUCAGUCAGGUCUCAAUCAGGUCUCGGUGGAGGAUACGGCCCAGGUGGGACAUGGGGGCUGGUGGAACUAGUUGCUGUGAUUGCAGGGCCGCUGUUUCUGUUUUGUCUGCUGCUGCUGAUGGGUACAUUCCUGUAUCAGUACCACCAGAGGGCCUACUGCCACAGGCAAAGGUUAGAGGUGGACGACCCCUCCUGUGACCACCUCUACAUGACCAAAGACAGGACCCUGCAGGACCUCAUAUACGAUCUGUCCACGUCUGGUUCAGGCUCCGGUCUGCCUUUGUUUGUCCAGCGGACCGUGGCCAGAACAAUUGUCCUUCAAGAGAUCAUUGGCAAAGGGCGUUUUGGGGAGGUGUGGCGAGGCCGUUGGAGGGGUGGUGAUGUGGCGGUGAAGAUCUUUUCAUCCCGAGAGGAGCGCUCCUGGUUCCGUGAGGCUGAAAUCUAUCAGACCAUCAUGCUCCGCCAUGAAAACAUCCUGGGCUUCAUAGCUGCUGACAACAAAGACAAUGGCACGUGGACCCAGCUGUGGUUGGUGUCGGACUACCAUGAACAUGGCUCCCUGUUUGACUACCUGAAUCGUUACUCUGUCACUACUGAAGGAAUGAUCAAACUGGCACUGUCAGCUGCCAGCGGUCUGGCACAUCUGCACAUGGAAAUUCUAGGAACACAAGGAAAGCCGGGCAUUGCACACAGAGACCUGAAGUCCAAGAACAUCCUUGUGAAGAAGAAUUGCACCUGUGCCAUCGCUGACCUGGGUUUGGCCGUCCGUCACGACUCUGCCACAGACACCAUUGACAUUGCGCCCAAUCAGAGGGUGGGCACCAAGAGGUACAUGGCUCCAGAGGUUCUGGAUGAGACUAUCAAUAUGAGACACUUUGACUCAUUCAAAUGUGCUGAUAUCUAUGCUUUGGGGCUGGUCUACUGGGAGAUAACUCGCCGCUGUAAUAGUGGAGGUAUCCAUGAAGAGUACCAGCUGCCCUACUAUGACCUGGUACCUUCUGAUCCUUCCAUAGAGGAGAUGAGAAAGUUGGUGUGUGACCAAAAGCUACGACCCAACAUCCCUAAUUGGUGGCAGAGCUAUGAGGCUUUGCGGGUUAUGGGCAAAAUCAUGAGGGAGUGUUGGUAUGCUAAUGGUGCUGCCCGCUUGACAGCCCUGCGCAUCAAGAAGAGCCUCUCCCAGCUCAGCAUUGAAGAGGACAUUAAAGUCUGAGCUGAGUCAGCGAGGCGCAGAGAAGGACCAGACUCCAGACUGUAUGACACUGAGAUGAAGGGGCCGGGCCCUCGACUAAGAACGCACAAAGUAAGAGAAUGUGAUGGAGAUUCGCACUUUGUAAAAUAUUCCUCCAUUGACACUCCUGCCAGUUUUGAAACCACUUGAUUUCUGACAACCCCUACCUCGCUUACCCAGCCAAACUACUAAGGAACACCUUUCCUGUCUUGUCCCCAGCUACAGCUGCCCUUUUUGUUCCACUCUACACUCCGCACUAACAAGGAUCCUUGGAUUUCCUGUGUACUUGUAUGCAAUCGAUGGCAGGAUAUGUAAUUAACCAUUUAACAUUUUGAAAAGCGGUUGCUGAUUUUUCCUCAAGGUCUCUUUGAUCACAGUCGCUUGAUAGUUAACAAAUAGCAUUUGCUGUUUUUGUCUUUGGAAGGGGUGAAGCUGGGAGGGUUAGAUUGAUUUACUUAUAUUUUAUUAUUCUGUCAUUUAAUGACUAGAUCUUGUUAUUAAUAUAUGGAUGUUUGUGAGGCUAUUGUUCCGGUUUCUCUUUGCCACUUAUAGCAUUCAGGCAACUGCUUGGAAAUCCUUCAAAGAGAAUAAUCCACCUGGUUCUGCUACAGCUGUGUUUUUUUUAGUUGUCUGCUGAUUACUAUGUAAGCAUGUACAAAGCGACUCUCUCUCUCUCUCUCUCUCUCUCUCUCUCUCUCUCUCUCUCUCUCUCUCUCUCUCUCUCUCUCUCUCUGAAGGCCUCUGCAGGCCAAUUACUUUACAACAAGGUGUUUGAAGACACCGGAGCUUUAGGGCAACUUGCCAAACAGGAUUUAGCCUUUGGACCCCUUGCCUGGAGUCCUUCCCAUAAGCUGUUGUAAACCUCAGGUUUCCUUAUGCUUACCAAUCAACCCUUACUUUGUCUGAAUACACAUGUAGGAUUUAUAAGCAAAAUCAAAAUGCAUUUCACUAGGAUGGAGGGUUAAACGUAGAGCAACAGCUGCCAAGGAGUUGAUACUGUAUGUUUUGUCUUUGAUCUUCUUAGCUCACACCCUCUGCGUUUUGGAUUGGGACACUUCUUAGAAAAAACAAGAACCGAAUGUAUAGAAUAUCUAAAUGAUAGUAUUCCAAUCUGAAAGCAGCCGCUGUCUCUUGAUCAACACACAGACCUGCCAUGAGCAUAAACGUUGCUGAUAUGCACGACAUUCAGAUAAACAUGUUGCCCUUCGCAGCAGCCAAUUGUAUUUACACUGUACUCUAAUACGGGAACAUUCUUUUUUUUUAUUUUGAAUCCCUUUUUAAAUACACUAACUCCAGGAAUCUAAAUAAUAGAUUGUUUUUAUUUUAAUUUUGUAUAUUGUCGAAGCAUGUCCAAUGUUCUUUUCACCUUAGGGCACAUUUUCCCUGGCCAAGUAUAACUACUGGAAUUAUACUAGCUUUUUAAGGUAAUACUUGUGACAGUUAAAUUAAAUUGUAUGUUAAUACUUAGGUAAUGUUAUAGAUAGUUGAAUCUUUUAUAGCAACUUUUUGGUUGGUGGAAAGAAAAGUACCCCUGUUUUGCUGUUUGCGAACAGAGUUGUGUAUCAACCUACUUUUUGACCUCUGAAGCGACAUUGCUGUACGUGUCAGACACACUGCUUAUGUUGACAUUCUCCUUCAGCCCUCUUAUUACGCCAGAACAGUAUAUGAUUUGUAAUCAAUGUUUCCCCUCACAGCUCUUGUUGGUUCGCCAUACAAUACCUCCUCAAUGUGCAAAUUGUAUGUGGAUUGUUUCCGUCGAGCUAACGACUGUCUACAUUUUUAGGUUUUCAGGAAAUAGGUGGACUUUUGUCAUUACCUGUAUGCAAAUUCAAGAGGUACUGUCUGUGUGUGUGCGUGCGUGCGUGUAGUCUUUCCCAUGUUAUUUAUAUUUGUAUGCUGUGAGUCCCAUGUGCGCUACUACUGACCUCACAGCACUAAAACCAAAUUGUUCUCAGAAUCAUCUCUAGUGUUUAUUUAAGAUGACACCACUGAAAAAUGAGACUGUUUAUACAAAUCAUGCCAACCAGUUGCAGUACACUCCAUCUGACUGGAAACUGUAAAGAGAAUCUGACUUUUUCUUUGGGAGAAGAAAUGUCAAAACUAAAUACUACUGAAAUGUCUCAACACUGUCUCACCAAUGUUUAACCAAUACUAGAUUGUAUUGUUCAAGUCUUACAGGUUGUUUGUCAGAACAAAGCGACUGGGACUUGCCAUGAAAGGCUGGGGAGCUCUACUGUUUGAUAGGUGGUUGAGUGUUGAUCCUAUUCAUACAAUAAAGAGGUGUUUGUUAAAUUGUAUUUGCCUUACAAUGUAUAAAAUGCAUAGUGUAUUUAAGAUGUUAAUGCCUUGUUCCAAUGUACCCUAAUGGAAAAAUAGGAUAUGAGUCAAAGGAUUUAUUGUUCUACAGGUUGCAUCCAUGUAAAAAAAAAAUCAUGUACCUUCUAAUAGAGUAAUAAAUGCAAUGGUUUUCCUAUA